AUGUCCAAGCGCCAAGCAUCAGAAGCCCUUGACGAGGGCCCAGAGUCGCCGGCAUCAAAGAAGUCGCGGUUUGACGACUACAACAAGAGCGCAACCCCAACCAGUCUAGGAGAGCUUGAAAGCGAAAACGACGAGCAGAAGCAGAAGCUGCGCGAAAAUGGCACUGGCGCUAGCACCGAAGAUGUAUCGGAUCGCGAGGAGCCUGAUGAAUUCGAAGAGGAAGCAGAGGAAAAAGCGCCUAUCCGGCAGUCGGCGCCGACCGCAGGCUACGAUGACCUCUACCUGGACACAAUUGACCGCAAUGUUCUCGACUUUGAUUUCGAAAAGCUAUGCUCGGUGACUUUGUCAAAUAUCAAUGUUUAUGCAUGCCUGGUGUGCGGCAAAUACUACCAAGGACGCGGACCCAACACUCACGCCUACUUUCACGCGCUUGACGAGGAUCACCAUGUCUUCAUUAAUUUGAGCACUCAGAAGGUAUAUGUGCUGCCAGAGGGAUACGAAGUCAAGAGCAAGUCGCUGGAUGACAUCAAAUAUGUGUCCGACCCGCGCUACACUCGCCAAGAGGUGGCCGAGUUCGACCGCAAGCCGCGUACCUCGUACACUCUGCAGGGCAAAGAAUACACCCCAGGCUUCGUUGGCAUGAACAACAUCAAGGAGAACGACUACCUGAAUGUCAUUGUUCAGGCGCUGUCCCAUGUCUCCCCGCUGCGCAACUUUUUCCUGCUUGAGGACUUCAGCAACGCUCCUGAGCUGGUCAAACGCACCUCCAUCCUGUUCCGCAAGAUCUGGAACCCGCGCGCCUUCAAGGCACACGUUUCUCCCCAUGAGCUGUUGCAGGAGGUUUCGCUUUGUUCUAACAAGCGAUUCACAUUGACUGCGCAGUCGGAUCCGGUGGACUUUUUGUCCUGGUACCUCAACAACCUGCAUCUAGGCCUAGGUGGCAGCAAAACCAAACCACAGUCCUCUGUGGUCCAGCGCAUCUUCCAAGGGAAACUGAAAGUUGAGUCGCAGGCUAUCACAGCGCGCGCCGACCAUCUCGACCGGUUGCGUUUCGAGGAGGCUACAGAGAUCAAGGUCGACAUCGCGCGCUUCCUACUCCUCACCCUUGACCUCCCUCCCGCCCCUCUCUUCCAAGAUGAACAGGAGCGCAACAUCAUCCCCCAGGUGCCCCUGACGACCCUGCUUGCCAAGUAUAACGGCGUCACAGCGCAGGAACUCAAUGCCCAGCGCAAGCGCUACCGCCUGAUGCACCCCUUACCCCCCUUUCUCCUCCUGCACAUUAAGCGCUUCACCAAGAACCGCUUCAUCGCUGAGCGCAAUCCGACAAUCGUGGUCUUUGACCCACGCAGCGGUCUCGACAUCUCGCCGUAUGUCGAGCCAGACCCGAGCCAGCACCCGCCAGACGAGCCCAUCAUCUACGACCUGGUUGCGAACGUGGUACACGAGGCGGUGCGCGCCAAGGAAGACGUGGCCGACAGCGCGGUGGGCGAGCAACGCAAAGCUUGGAAGGUGCAGCUGCGCGACAAGGCGACAGGAGAAUGGGUUGUAGCGCAGGAUCUUUUUGUUGAGAAGGCACAGGCCGAAUUGCUGUAUCUGGGUGAGUCGUAUCUGCAGGUUUGGGAGAGGAGAAAGACACCCCAGAAGGGGAAAGGGAAGGUCCUCGGAAAGUCUUGA